CUUCGCUAGAGUCGGAACCCUAAAAACCAAUUUUUGUAUCGAUUCCUAGGGUUUCUAUCUCCAUCCUCCUCGAUUCGAAUCGGAUCGGAUCAAUGGAGAAGGAGCUGUUGGAGACGUUCGAGGCGGCGAAGAAGGCGCGGACGCGUUUGGCGGAGGCCGGAGGAUCGCCGGAGGCGGAUCGGUGCGUUGACGCGCUCAAGAGGCUGAGAAAGAUGCCGGUCACCAUGGGCAUUCUCGUCAAAACGCAGGUUGGUAAACGUCUUCGAGCUCUUGCCAAGCAUCCACAGAAGAAGAUUCAGGCAGUUGCUUCUGACUUACUGAAUUUUUGGAAAAAUAUUGUCAUUGAGGAAACAGCAAAAGGGGACAAGAAAAGUGGUAGCUCCCAAAGUUCUUCGCAGUCUGAUGCUAAAUCUGAGAGGACAGAGCCUCUCAAGGGAGAGAAGAUGUCAAGAUCCGAAUCCAUAACAUCAAGAUCUCAGAGUGUGCAGGUCAAUAAAGUUGGUUCCAGCAACGGACUAAAGGCCGAGAGGAUUACCAAAACAGAAACUAAAAAACCCGAAAGGAGUGGAUCGGACCAUGCUUGCUUUCCGAAGUUGUCAUCCGUAGUUAAAUGCAAUGACACAUUGAGAGAUAAACUUCGUGAAAUUCUUGCUGAGGCCUUUUCUAGAGUUUAUAAGGAGACCAGUGAGAGUGAGAGAGAUGAAGUGAAGAACAUCUUGGAUGAAGUAGAUGCUUGUGACCCAUUUCGUGUAGCUGUAACUGUGGAAUCUGCUAUGUACGAAAAAUUUGGUUCUUCAAAUGGGUCUCACAAGAUGAAGUAUAGAUCAAUAAUGUUCAAUCUAAAGGACAGCAAGAACCCAGAUUUCAGAAGAAGAGUUCUUCUUGGGCAUGUGAAACCGGAGAGAAUAGUUGAUAUGACACCUGAAGAGAUGGCAAGUGAUGAGAGAAAACUUGCAAAUAAACAGAUUAAAGAGAAGGCAUUAUUUGACUGUGAGAGAGGACAAGCUCCUAAGGCUACUACUGAUCAGUUCAAAUGUGGUCGUUGUGGGCAGCGAAAAUGCACUUAUUAUCAGUUGCAGACUCGGUCAGCUGAUGAACCGAUGACAACUUUUGUGACUUGUGUAAACUGCAACAACCAUUGGAAGUUCUGUUAGUUUAAUCUGCGCAGAAUCAUUUCAUUCAAAUUGAGUGCUUUAUUAGUAUUCAGUCUAGCCCCUUUGCUAGGUCAUUCUGUUGUAACAUGCUUCGUGGGUUUUGUUACAAGAACAUCUUGAACUGCCCCAAAUACAAUCUGUCUUUUUAUUUCAUAAUUGUGUAGUCUGCUACUGUUGCCUCAUUGCUUAACAAAUGUUGGCUGUUGAUGUGGGUUUUCUGAGCUU